AUGUGGGGCUGGUUUGGCGGUGGCGCGGCGCAGAAGCGCAAGGACACCCCCAAGAAUGCGAUCCUCGGUCUGCGCGCGCAGUUGGAGAUGCUGCAGAAGCGCGAGAGGCAUCUCCAGACACAGAUUGACGAGCAGGACGCCAUCGCUCGCAAGAACGUCAACACAAACAAGAAUGCGGCCAAGGCGGCCUUGAGGCGUAAGAAGACACAUGAGCACUCGCUCGACCAGACCGUCUCGCAGAUAGGGACACUGGAGCAGCAAAUCAACGCGAUCGAGUCGGCCAACAUCAACCGGGAGACCCUGGUGGCGAUGGAGAAGGCCAGCCAGGCCAUGGCACAGAUCCACGGAAAGCUUACACCGGAGAAGGUGGACGAGACAAUGGAGAAAUUGCGGGAGCACAAUGCCAUGAGCGAAGAGAUUGUCGCCGCCAUGACCAACGCUACUAUCGGCGACUACGUCGACGAUGUCGAUCUGGAAGAGGAGUUGGAGCAGCUACAACAGGAGCAGCUCGACGAGCAAAUGCUCACGACAGGCAAUGUGCCCGUGUCAGAUGCAGUACACAAGAUGCCCACGCCGGUAAACACAGAGCCUCAAUCGAGCAAGAAGCAGGCUGUGGAGGAAGACGACGAAGAGGCCGAGUUGCGAAAGUUGCAGGCUGAGAUGGCCAUGUGA